UUAGAAAGGUCCACUGCCAAAUCUAGCAAGAUGUUCUCUCUCAAAUCUAUCGUACUCAUCGCUGCUGCCUUUAUAAUUGGAGCUGAAUCGAGUGCAGUCGCAGCUGUUCCAGCAGUAGCCGCUGCUCCUCUGGUUGCUCCAGCCCACGUGGGAUACGCUCAGGCUAUACCUCAGAACAUUCCUCCAUACGCUGCACAAGUUAAUAUCGCCAGCAGGGCAUUGAGUCCUUUGAUAGCAGCACCGGCCUUCGCUCCUGCCGUAGCCCCUGUUGCAACUCCAUUUGCUGCUCCUAUAGCUGCACCCUACGCUGCACCUUUUGCUACUCCAAUAGGUGCGGCACCUCUUGCUGCUCCAGUAGCGGCAUCCUAUGCUGCUUCGCCAUACUAUGCUGGUGCUGCUCCAAUCCUGCCAGCGGCUCCCUACACUCUCCCUGCUCCUGCUGCAUACGCUGCCGGCUACCCAUAUGGUCCAGCACCUCUAGUACGUUCCCCGUAUGGAUUUGCACCAGCGUUUGUUCGAUAG